GGCCCCGAGCUUGUUUAAAGAACAGCGGUGCUCCUGGAGGUAGUCACUUUGCCUUUCAUCAGGAUGAGUUCUGAGGGAGAAGCCUCAGCACCCAGCUCAGUUCCAUGGACCAAACACAGAAAAGAAUGCUGGACCAGCCCCUUUGCAUCCCCACUGCCCAGCCCAAGAAGAAAAGGACAUCAGUGAUAUCUUUCUUUUCCAAGGUCUCUUGGAAACUGAGCCUCCAGAAGCAGGAGCCUCUGAAGAAUGUGUCUUUCAACUUGGCAGAGAGAGCCUGGGACCCCAGUUUUAAAAAGCGUCAUAUGGCAAUGAGAAGCCUAGGAACUAUGGCCUGUGAGACCCCGGACAAGGUGAGAAAGUAUAAAAUGAUUGUCCUGGACCUGCUGGUGCAUGGACGGUAUGACCCCAUGAGUUCUGAAGUCAUCCACGAGAGCCUGAAGACCCUGACCAUCAUGCUGGGCAGGAUCCAGGGGAAAGGCUUUGGCUCCUUCUUCAUAGACAUCACCCUUCGGACCAGGACUUUGUUAGAUGAUGAGAAUGACAGCCUGAGAUACUCGGCCUUUGUCUUGUUUGGGCAACUGGCUGCCUUUGCUGGGCGGAAAUGGAAGAGAUUUUUCACCCGUCAGGUGAAGCAGACUCAGGAUUCUCUCCUGAGCCAUUUACAGGAUAGGAAUCCCCAGGUUGCCAAGGCUUGCAAAACAACUUUUCGAGCCUGUUCUCCGUAUCUGAGACAAAGGAAGGACUACAGCUUCCAGAGUGAAGAGGACCAAAGGAACCCUAAACUCUGCCGGCAGCUGAGCCACUAUCAUCCAGAGCUCCUGCAGUUCUUCUAUGCAAAUAAAAUCCUGUAAACACAGAGCAGCGGGGAAAUGGUUCCAGUGAACACAUUGCUGGGGGCUGAUAUUCCCCCUUUUAACUCUUUGGAUACUUCUGCUGCUUCUUGUGAUUAUGAUAGAAAAGGGGGUGUUGGGAGAGCAAUUGAUGGCAAAAAAUAAUACUGUGGAAUUGUAUAAUUACACCAAAGUACAUUCUAAAUAGCUUUUAUAUGUCUCAUUUUCUCCCCACACAAAUUUGAUGAGAAGGUGCAUGCUUUAAAACAUUUAAAGUAUAUGUAGAUUCAGUGCUUAUUUCUCAGCUAUUUUCUUCUUAAGGAUAUCUCUGUCACCAAUUUUUAUUUUUAAUUUUACUUUUAAUUUCUAAGGCUUAGGAGAAUAACUACUACCUGAAGUGUUUUUUUUUUUUUUUUAAUCUGCUAUUGAUACUUUGGCAUUUGCUAUUAAUACCUUUUUUUUUUGGCGGUACUCCGGCCUCUCACUGCUAUGGCCUCUCCCAUUGCGGAGCACAGGUUCCGGAUGCUCAGGCUCAGUGGCCAUGGCUCACGGGCCCGGCCGCUCUGCGGCAUGUGGGAUCCUCCCGGACUGGGGCACGAACCCGUGUCCCCUGGAUCGGCAGGCGGACUCUCAACCACUGCGCCACCAGGGAAGCCCAACACCUUUUCUUGGCGAGACCUAUUUAAAGUUGGCCAAGGUACCAAGACGUUGGUGUGGAGGGGGAUCAUUAGCUUCUCAUCAUCUUCAACAGUCAGUGCCUCCAAGAUCAUUCCAAACAAGAAUUAAUAAAGAGAAAAAAAAUCGAUGAACAUGUGUUGAAAAACCUCAAGUUAGUGGUAAUGUGUGGAAUAAUAAUAAUGAAUAACAUACAUUAAGAAUGUUUGUAGUUUACUGGGCACUCUCUAAGCGCUUUGCGAGUAUUACUUAAUACAGCAAGCUGUGAGAAAGGUACUAUUACUACCCUCAUUGUGUAGGUGAGAAAACUAAGGCACAGGGAAAUUGACCAAGAUGACCAGUAAUUGAUGGAGCUGGAAUUCAAACCCUGAUUUCUGGAGCCUACGUUCAGUCAUCGUGUGAUACUGCCUUGUUAUGGAAUAAUUGACGGAUGGUUAAAAAUGUAAAAAAAUAAAAGAAAUUUUAA